AUGAACACGGAGCAUCACACUGACUCAGUUCAGUACAAGCACCUGCGCUAUGAUCUGCUGAUUCACCCUGCAAAGAAAAAGAGCUUUCGUUUCAGUGUAAAUGAAUUUUCAGGACGGCUGAACUUUCGUUUCGUUAGAAAUGGGCGUGGUCUGCUGAGGACCUACCGAGAAGCACUGCUCACUGACGAGGACCGAGCAGCCUGCAGUUUACACAGCACUGUGGACCUCUCCAUAAGAAAACAAGAGAUGGCCACCAAGCCGUCCAUUAUCCCACUCCUUCUCCCAGUGGAUGAGCUUCUGUGCUCCAUCUGCCAGACUCUCCUCAAUGAUCCUGUGACUAUACCAUGUGGGCACAACUUUUGUAAGACCUGCAUCAGCACACACUGGAAAUUAGCCUUUUCAUCCAUUUGCUGCCCCCACUGCCGCAGUAAGUUCCCCUCGAAGCCGGACCUAAAGACCAACACCAUUCUCUGUGCUAUCAAGGAGCAUGUUGAGAAGGUGUGGCCAGUGUCUGAGGAUGUCUCGAUUCCAGAUGAAAAACAGAUCAACUGUGACAUCUGUGAGGAGGGAAGGGAGCUGUCAGCAGUCAAGACCUGUGUGACAUGCCUGGCUAGCUUUUGCAGUGUGCACGCAACACCCCAUAUGAAUAGCCAAGCACUAGCCAAACACUGCCUGUGCACACCGGUUACAGACAUCAAGGAUCUGCUGUGUAAGAAGCACAGCAAAGUGCUUGAGGUGUUCUGCAUGAACCAUGGGACUGCCAUCUGUUGGCAGUGUACAGCAAAGCACCGCAAGUGCAACACACGCUCAGUGGAAGAAAUGAGGACAGACUGGAAGGCCUCAAUCGAGCCAGUGGCAACAGAAGCUCAGGACAGACAGGCUGCCACUGGUGAACUCUUGGAAACAUUGAAUACUAUGUCAGAGGGUAUAACGGAUGCUGCAGAAAAGAUGACUGAAGAUGUGCAGCUCUGCUUUGAAGCACUGUUGAACACUAUUAACCAUGCCCAGAAAAGAGCCAUAUCUUUUAUAGAAGCAGAGAAGUUGGGAGCUCUCCAAAAAAUAGAAAAGCAGAAGGAACGAUUGGAUGAUCAUAUGGUUUCCAUAUCACUGAUCAAGGAUAAGAUUGAUGAGUGCUUAAACAAUGACUCGUACUUCAACUUUCUUCUGCCUCUACCACAACUGCCUCCAGAGGUUGGUCAGCUGCAGGAUGUUCAGCUGGAUGGCCAAGCUGUGGAGAGGAUGAUAUUGGAUCUUCAACAACUUAACAGUAGUCUGGAAUCUCAGCUCAGCACCAUGCUGCAGAGAAGAGAGGAAAUACGAGAAAAAGAUUUGACAUCAGACUACUUCAGAGUUGUCAGCGGCCACAGCAAACGACGCGGCAACCUUUUGAAAUAUUCCAGCAGAGUGACCUUUGACCCAGUCACUGCUAGUGCCUUGGUGCUUCUCUCUGAGGAUGGCCUGACUGUCACAGUGGAGCACAGUGAGCUCCUUACCUGGAAAGACUACCAAGUCAACAAAGAGAUAGGCUUCAGGGUGCUGUGUUCAAAAGAGUUCAGCAGUGGGCAGCACUACUGGGAGCUUCAGCCACCGGAGGAUGAGGACAGCAACUGGGCCGUGGGUGUGACGUACAAAAACAGUCACGACCAUUACCAGAGCUUGGGCCAAGACAGCAGCUCCUGGUGUGUCAGGUGGCAGAACAAAGGAGAAGACAAGGAUAAUGACAAGAUGGCUAACAAUAUGGAAGGAGCAAAAGAUGGGGAAGUAAUAUUACCAAAGUCACUGGUCAAGGAAGAUGCUGUAAAACCCAAGGUGCCCAAUCGGGAAUCAAAGAAAAGCAAAUUAGAAGAAUUCCUUAAAAAAGAUAAAAGCCAGGAAGGUCUUCCACAAGAUGAGAACAAAAGAGAAAGAAAUCAAGCUCUGGUGGAAGAUGUAGCAGAAGGAGAGGAAAAAGUGUCAGAGUUAACAGAGGAGAACAAAACAGCUACACAGGAGGACAAAAAUAUCCCAAAACAAUCCAGCACUGGAUUCUUUGCCUCCCAUAACCAGGAGAUGAACCUGAUCUCCCAGAAGCCGCCUGGGAAGAUUGGUGUGUUGUUGGACUGUGAUCGAGGGUGGCUGUCAUUUUUCUUGGUGUCUGACUCGAAGGUCAGGCUCUGCUACAGGUUUCAGGCCCUGUUUUCUGCUCCUCUCUGCCCUGCCAUAUGGCUAAGAGAUCCAGAGAGCACAAUGACCAUUAGCAAAGGACUUGAAACAACACUGCAGUAGUGCCAGCUGCAAGGAACAUAUACUUCUAAUACGUUAUUGUUUCUAUAGUAACAAUUUACACGUUUACUUGUAUGGUGGAUACUCCACAUCAACAGAAAGAAAAAAAAAACUUAUGUUAUUUUUGAUACAGUGAAGUUUUCUGAGAUGUUUAUUUAGCGCAAUGUCAUUGUUAGUCAACGGUGAAGUUGUACCUUUAAGUUUGCCGACACAGAAAAGACAGACAGAGGGCCUUGAGAUUGAUGACAAACUGCAUGUUUUUUCUUAACUGCAAGAGAGAGAGAGAGAGAGAGAGAGAGAGAGAGAGAAUCAUGGAAAGUAAAAUAAUACUAUCAUUCUGCAAUGGAUCAUUAUUGUGAUUAAUAAAUUUUGCCCUUGAUUUUGACUCUACUCUGUACUCAUCAGCCAAACAUUUACAAUCUUUUAAUCUAAUAAACUAUCCUGCAUAUGUAUUUCUUUCAUGUUACUAUUAGGGGUCUAAAUCACACGUUUCAUGAAGAUACGAUCUAAUACUGAUUCUUUUAGCCAGCGAUUUGGUGUUUG